CACACCUGCAUUCUGGACUGCGGAGUACCGUCCAACUUGAUUAUCUAUACAUCCAUGUACAUUAUACAUACAAACAGUUGAUUUGUUAUUUAAUCGUCUUGACUAGUCUCUCAAACUAAAACCAAACUCACUGUGACGUCAGAAAACUAUCCGGACUGUGAGUAUGAUUUUGUAAACGCUGCCUGACCUUUGGAACAUAACGGUUCAUUUAUUUAAAAUAAUAUAUAUCACAGGACAACCAUCAAUUCUACAAUGUCAUCAUCUCAAAAGAAGCGAGCACGACAGCAGCAAGGCGAUGUCAACAAAUGCGUCAAAUACAGCAUAUUUUUCUACAACUUCGUCUUCUGGGUGAUCGGUACCUUUCUUCUUGCAUUUGGCGUGUGGGGUCUUGUCAGCAAACAGAGCGCCACCAUCGACGAGAUCACAGGAUUAGUUGUUGACCCGAUGUGGAUGUUCAUUGCACUAGGAAGUGUGAUUUUCAUUGUAUCGUUUUCAGGAUGUAUUGGCGCUCUACGUGAGAACACGUGCUUACUUAAUUUUUUCUGUUUAGCUUUGGGUGUGAUUAUGAUAUUGGAGAUAACUGCCGUAGUGCUGGCAUUCGUUUAUAGGGAUGAAGUGGGUGAUUUGAUUGGAGAUUGGAUAGAGAACGCCAUCUACGAUUACACUGAGGAUCCUGAUAUUAACUUUCUGUUGGAUGAGAUGCAGACUAGUUUGAAAUGCUGUGGAGCCAAUCACCCUGACGACUGGGAUAACAAUGUAUAUUUCAACUGUUCGUCGCCUGCUGUAAUGGCGUGUGGUGUGCCGCACUCUUGUUGCCGACCGGAAGAAGACGGCGGCGUUAAUAACAAGCAAUGCGGUUACGGUAUUCGUGCAUUACCGGAAGUCCAAUGGCAUAACUACAUUUGGAUCGAGGGGUGUGUGGAUCUAAUACAUUUUUGGUUAUUACAGAACAUUAUAAUCAUAACUGUCGUCAUAGGAAUCAUUCUGAUUCUUCAAAUCAUUUCAAUUUUUUUUGUGCGAAAUUUAGUUGGAGAUAUUCAAAUGAUAAAGGCUCUCUGGUGA